CCAACAAAGAAAACUAAGACUACUGCUAUUGAUAUGUCUUUAACUAAUGAGUCCCAACCAACUCUUGAAUUUAUGAUAUUAUCACCAGAGAUCAACAAAACAAACAUAGGAAAUGACAAUAUAAAUUCUCAUAGUAUUUUGCAAACCCACAUGAAAAUCAACAACAACACUACUCUUUUGAAAACAAAACAAAUAGCAAAUCUCCAGAGACUAAUCCUGCAAUUAAAUAAGGCCUCAGAUAAUAAUAUCCAAUCAAAAGACAAGGAUAUUGAUUUAAAAUCUAAUGUAAUCAUUGAAUCUCAACCUAAAAUUUCAUAUAGCAAAGCAGUCAAGAAAAAUAUAUUUGCAUCUAUCAAGAAGAAAAAUAAAACAUCUAUCGUCUGGGCAAACACAGUUACUAAUAAACUAGCUAAAAUAUAUCAGAUGGAUUUCAACAGCCAAA